CAAUGGCGACUCUAUUAUCUCAGCCACCCCUCCUCCACCGAAUUCUCUGCAACAACAACAACAAGACCGACUCAACUCCCUUCAAAGAGAAGAAGCACGUCUCCGUCGACUACGACGCCGCCACUCACACCCUCUCCACCCAAAUCAGCGGCCUCCGGAAGCGAGACAUCCCCAAGCACCACCGCCUCCGCCUCCAAACCGACCCUUUCCAGAAGGACUGGUCCGUCUCCGACGUCGUCCAUCGCGUCUAUCAGCUCCGCCGCUACGACGAUAUCGACGGCGUGCUCAACCGAUGGGUCGGACGCUUCGCCCGGAAGAAUUUCCCGAUUUUGAUCAGAGAGAUGGCGGCGAGGGGGUCGGUGGAUCACUGUAUGCAAGUGUUCCGGUGGAUGAAGACCCUCAAGAACUACUGUGCUCGCACCGAUAUUUACAACAUGCUGAUCAGAUUGCACGCCAGGCAUACUCUUGUUGAUCAAGCUCGCGGCUUGUUUUUCGAAAUGCAGGAAUGGAGGUGCAAACCUGAUGCCGAGUCCUACAAUGCUCUUAUCAAUGCGCAUGGUCGAGCAGGUCAAUGGCGCUGGGCCAUGAACAUUAUGGAUGACAUGCUGCGUGCAGCUAUCCCUCCUAGUCGGUCAACAUAUAACAACUUGAUCAAUGCAUGUGGAUCUAGUGGAAACUGGAGAGAAGCGUUAAAAGCUUGCAAGAAAAUGACAGAUAAUGGAGUUGGACCUGAUCUUGUGACUCACAAUAUUGUUUUGUCUGCGUACAAAACUGGGGCUCAAUAUUCAAAAGCUUUGUCUUAUUUUGAACUUAUGAAGGGAACAAAUGUCCGUCCAGACACUACAACCCUCAAUAUUGUUAUAUAUUGCCUAGUGAAGCUUGGACAGUAUGGAAAAGCAAUGGAUAUUUUCAGUUCCAUGAGAGAUAAGGGAGCAGAAUGUCGCCCUGACAUUGUAACAUUCACCAGCAUCAUUCAAUUGUAUUCUGUGAGCGGACAGAUAGACAAUUGCACAGCCAUAUUUAAUACAAUUCUUGCAGAAGGGCUAAAACCUAACAUUGUUUCCUAUAAUGCACUGUUAGGUGCAUAUGCUUCACGUGGGAUGUGCACAGAGGCGGCGUCAGUAUUUAAUGAGAUGAAGAAAAGUAGUUUCCGGCCUGAUGUUGUGUCAUAUACAUCUUUACUCAAUGCUUAUGGAAGAUCACAACAUCCUAAAAAGGCUAGGGAAGUUUUUGACAGGAUGAAAUCCAACCACUUGAAGCCAAACCUUGUGAGCUACAACGCACUGAUUAAUGCCUAUGGAUCCAGUGGCUUAUUAGCCGAAGCUGUUGAGGUCUUGCGUGAGAUGGAGCAAGAUGGAAUUCAUCCAAACAUAGUCUCUAUAUGUACCCUUUUGGCUGCUUGUGGACAAUGUGGCCAGAAGGUGAAAAUUGAUACCAUACUUUCAGCAGCCAAGCUGCGAGGCAUAGUACUGAACACAAUUGCGUAUAAUUCAGCUAUUGGAAGCUAUAUGAAUUUGGGAGAACAUGAGAAAGCUAUAAACUUGUAUCAAUUGAUGAGAAAGAAGAAAGUGAAACCGGAUUCUGUUACUUUCAAUGUGUUGAUAAGUGGUUGUUGUAAGAUGUCGAAAUACAGUGAGGCGAUAACUUUUUUUGAUGAAAUGGUGGAUUUGAAAAUUCCUUUAUCCAAAGAAGUGUACUCAUCUGUGCUCUGUGCCUACAGCAAGAAGGGCCAACUGUUGGAAGCGGAAUCUGUAUUCAACUCGAUGAAGAUGGCUGGUUGUCCUCCUGAUAUAGUUACAUAUACUGCAAUGUUACAUGCGUAUAGUGCUGCAGAGAACUGGGAAAAGGCUUGUGAGCUAUUUCAAGAGAUGGGAAUAAAUGGUAUCCAACCAGAUGCUAUCGCAUGUGCAGCUUUGAUGAGAGCUUUCAACAAAGGAGGCCUUCCCUCUAGAGUUCUUAUUCUGGCAGAACUCAUGAGAGAGAAAGAAAUUCCUUUCAAUGAUGCCAUUUUCUUCGAAAUGGUUUCGGCUUGUAGCUUAUUACAAGAUUGGAGAACAACAAUACAAUUGAUUAAGGUAAUAGAGCCCUCAUUACCUAGACUUUCAGUCGGGCUUAUGAAUCAGCUUCUGCAGAUUAUGGGAAGAAGCGGAAAGACAGAGGCUAUGAUGAAGUUGUUCUACAAGAUAGUUGCAUCCAAUGGUGAUAUCAACUUCGAUACUUACUCAAUUUUGUUGAAGAAUCUUUUGUCUGUUGGAAGUUGGAGGAAAUAUAUUGAGGUAUUGCAAUGGAUGGUGGAUGCUAGAAUACGACCUUCAAGCCAGAUGUAUCUCGAUAUAUCCUGUUUUGCACAGAAAAGUGGUGGAACUGAAUAUGCUUCUAUUAUAUACGAAAGAAUCGAGUUAUUGAAGAAGAAAAUAAGGGAAGGAGACUCUCGAAGCAAGGUACGCGAUCCUCACUCCACCUUGCUGGUACAUAGAACAAAAGCAGAGAACCACAGGCUGCUCGAAUCAAAAAUGGCUGUUACACAUCCUGUAUUUACUGUAUAAUUAUACUAUCUGUUCGUCCUAAGUUUUACUUAUAUAUGAUCUUCCCAAGUAGUCAA